GACGUAGCUAUAUCUUGCCACUCUCUCUCUCUCUCUCUCUCUCUCUCCAGAAGAAAACAACUCUGAGAGGCUUCUACAAAAUAUCGAAAGCAGAAAAUCUAGGGUUUUUAGGUUCCAAUCCAACGAAUUCCAUAGGAACAGCAAAGCUUCAGCAGUCGAUUGCAAGGGGGAAAAGAGAAGGCUAAGCCCAAUGUCGCAGAGCGGGAAGCUGAUGCCGAAUCUGGAUCACCACAGCACGAAGCUCCUCAACCUCACCGUCCUCCAGCGGCUCGAUCCUUUUGUGGAGGAGAUUCUUAUCACCGCCGCUCACGUCACCUUCUAUGAAUUCAACAUCGAUUCCAGCCAAUGGAGUCGGAAGGAUGUGGAAGGGUCUCUGUUUGUUGUCAAGAGGAACACUCAGCCUCGGUUUCAGUUCAUCGUGAUGAAUCGCCGGAACACUGAUAAUCUGGUAGAGAACCUCUUGGAAGAUUUUGAGUUUGAAGUCCAGGUCCCAUAUUUAUUAUACCGGAAUGCUGCUCAGGAAGUAAAUGGUAUUUGGUUUUACAAUGCACGGGAAUGUGAGGAGGUGGCAAGUCUUUUUAACAGGAUACUUAAUGCAUACUCCAAGGUUCCUCAAAAGUCAAAGGUGCCGGCAACUAAAAGUGAGUUUGAGGAACUAGAAGCUGUCCCAACUAUGGCGGUGAUGGACGGUCCUUUGGAGCCCUCAUCCUCUACAGCGCCCAAUGUAAACGAUGUCCACGAUGAUCCAGCGUUUGUGAACUUCUUCAGUUCAGCUUUAAAUAUUGGCGGUGCUACAACUGUAGCGGUUGGCGGACAGCCUUUUCCAUCUUCUUCGGCAAUGGCUCCACCUCCCUGUCCUGCCUCAGCUUCCUCACCGGCUGUAUCGACCUUGCAAAUGCCAUCUCCUCCUUUGGCAGCACCUACCCCGCUAGGGUCUUUGCUUGAUACUAAUGAUCCUGGUAGCAACAAAAAUCGUGCAACUAAUCUAGUGAAGCCUUCAUUUUUUAUCCCUCCGCCGUCCUCCUCCACAGCAAUUGUACCGCCUGUCUCUUCGUCAAUGCCUACUGCUCCUCCACUUCAUCCACCUGUGAAUUUACAACGUCCAUAUGGUGCUCCAAUUCUUCAGCCGUUUCCGCCACCAACCCCCCCUCCAUCUCUUACGCCUACACCUGUUCCCACUGCCAACUAUGCACCUGUCAUGAACAGAGACAAAGUCAGAGAUGCACUAUCGGUGCUUGUUCAGGACAAUCAGUUCAUCGACAUGGUAUGUCGAGCAUUGCUAAACGCACACAAUUCAUGAGCAGCAAGAUGGUGGGGGACCUGACUUCUCUUCUUUGUUGGGGUUUUGGUGGUUGUGCAUUUUCCUUUCUCAUCUUGAACAGUCAAAUCCGUGUGUAUGAUUCCAUUUGUAUAGCAUUUUGCUCCAAUGUCCGAUUACCUUUUAGUAAGGUAUGUAACUUUUGUUA